GCGGGCCUAACCAUGAUAAACAAGGAGUGGACCAAUCAGAGAGCUCGAUGGGCCGUCACUCAGCGGCCAGUCGGGCCUUUAUAAACUUUGUGUAUCUCCGCACAGAGCAUCUGUUUUCGCCCUCCUCGCCUUCAGCAGUGACGUUAGAGAUUUACAUAGGAAGCAACAAUGCUGCCUCUAGCCGUAAUGGCCGUGUGCCUCAGUGCCGCCCUCUCAGCCCCCAGCCUGGACCCACAGUUGGAUGACCACUGGGACCUGUGGAAGAGCUGGCAUACAAAGAAAUAUCAUGAGAAAGAGGAGGGCUGGAGGAGAAUGGUGUGGGAGAAGAACCUGAAGAAGAUUGAGCUGCACAACCUGGAGCACUCCUUGGGCAAACACACCUACCGCCUGGGCAUGAAUCACUUUGGAGACAUGACGCACGAGGAGUUCAGGCAGGUCAUGAACGGCUACAAGCGCAAAACAGAGAGGAAGUUCAGGGGAUCCCUUUUCAUGGAGCCCAACUUCCUGGAGGCCCCACGUUCCGUGGACUGGAGGGAUAAGGGAUACGUCACCCCCGUCAAGGACCAGGGUCAGUGUGGCUCUUGCUGGGCCUUCAGCACCACCGGAGCUAUGGAGGGUCAGCAGUUCAGGAAGACGGGCAAACUGGUGUCGCUGAGCGAGCAGAACCUGGUGGACUGCUCCAGACCUGAGGGCAAUGAGGGCUGCAACGGUGGGCUGAUGGACCAGGCCUUCCAGUACAUCAAGGACAACCAGGGCCUGGACUCUGAGGACGCUUAUCCUUACCUGGGAACGGAUGACCAGCCAUGUCACUAUGACCCCAACUACAACUCUGCCAACGACACCGGAUUCGUUGACAUCCCAAGUGGCAAGGAGCGCGCUCUGAUGAAGGCCGUGGCUGCCGUGGGACCCGUCUCAGUAGCCAUUGACGCCGGACACGAGUCUUUCCAGUUUUACCAAUCAGGAAUCUACUACGAGAAGGAAUGCAGCAGCGAGGAGCUUGACCACGGCGUGCUGGUGGUGGGUUAUGGCUUCCAGGGACAAGAUGUGGACGGAAAGAAGUACUGGAUCGUGAAGAACAGCUGGAGUGAGAAGUGGGGAGACAAAGGCUACAUCUUGAUGGCUAAAGACAGGAAGAACCACUGCGGAAUUGCGACAGCAGCCAGUUAUCCUCUCGUCUAAUGUCUGCACUGCUCCGCUCUGAAGCACCAUAGUUUUUUUUUAUUGCAAUAGUCUGGCUGAAGACGGGAGGCGAGGCUUCAGUCAGGGCGACGCAUUGACAGGAGAUUCUGCAAUGUUUGUUUUUAAAGAGGAGACACACUGUUGUUUUUAGGGAAAUGCCGCCAUUUUGUUUUGGCUGAUUUUGGGCCACUUUAUGAAAAUAUUUUAGUUUAGUGUUUUAUUCUCUGUAAAUACGUGUAUGCUGCUUGGUGAGUGGAACGUAACACUUGCUUCGGUCAUUGUAAAUGAUUUUUUUUCUACUUUUACUGUGAUCAAUUAAAGUUGUGAAACACUAGUUUGGUGUUACGGGGUAUUUUUGACCACUUGACUCUUGUGAAAACUACAAUCUCAAAUGUCAACUUUUUCAUGAGCAAAGAGCAACAUUGUUAUUUCUGUGAGGGAGUAUUUUUCUGGCAGUGUUAAGAUUUUUUAUUUAUAUUUUGAUGUUUUUUAAUCACCAAAUACGGAGAUGCAAGUUUUUCACUUAACAGUGAAGGUAUACAUUACAUGAAAUAUUCUAACAAUUGUUUAAUAAUCACAUUAUGAUGUACAAAUAAAUCUUUAUUGCAUUA